AUGGUACGCCUCGCUGCUUUGUAUUCCGCAACUAACGGCGAGUUAGGCCACAACGUCGUCAGUAAAAUGCGCAGAGAAGUCGUCCCACAGAAGGAGCACUUUUUCCGUCGAGCGGUUACCAACGAUCUGACAGCCGUGCUGUUCCUGCAAGGGCUCCACGGAUUUUCACAAAGCCUUGCCAAAGCCUUGCCGUUCGAUCACCAGGAAGAGAGGUUAAUCGCUGCCGCUGGAGUCAUGGAGUCGUACUCUCGCAUGAGAGCCUUGACGCGUUCUGAGAAGGACUACAGCGCGUCCAACCCAUCUCGGGGCGUGUCUGCUCCAACGCAGGCGCGACAGUGGAGCGAGAGACCAUGUCGGUGUUUGAACCUGUCGGCCCAGUGCCAGCCAGCUAGUUCAUGGUCGUCGAGUUCAUGGUCGUCGAGUCCUAGGUCGAUGGCUGCCUCCAAGGCCAUGAUGCGUAACAUGGCGUGUGUCACGGGCUUCUUCUUGGGCCUGUACUUUGACACUGGUCGUCCCCUUGAGGCGCCCGGGACACACUAG